AUGGAUAAAUCUGAGCAACAAAGAGAGUAUGAUGGGUAUAUUAAAGGUAUCAAGCUGGGGUACGACAUACUGCGACUCAGGGAACAGGCUGAUCUGUGGUGGGCUGCAAGAGAGGGCGAGAGUCACUAUGAUGAACUGCUUAUACGAAGGGGAAGGAGAGCGGACGAAGGGGCGGGGACGAGGCAGCUCCACCUGGGGAAUGAGAGCGACGAAGGGGCGGGGACGAGGCAGCUCCACCUGGGGAAUGAGAGCGACGAAGGGGCGGGGACGAGGCAGCUCCACCUGGGGAAUGAGAGCGACGAAGGGGCGGGGACGAGGCAGCUCCACCUGGGGAAUGAGAGCGACGAAGGGGCGGGGACGAGGCAGCUCCACCUGGGGAAUGAGAGCGACGAAGGGGCGGGGACGAGGCAGCUCCACCUGGGGAAUGAGAGCGACGAAGGGGCGGGGACGAGGCAGCUCCACCUGGGGAAUGAGAGCGACGAAGGGGCGGGGACGAGGCAGCUCCACCUGGGGAAAGAGAGCGACGAAGAGACGGGGACGAGGCCGCUCCACCUGGGAAAUGAGAGCGACGAAGGGGCGGAGACGAGGCAGCUGGGGAAUGAGAGCGGACGAAGGAGAGGCAGAGGACGACGUCACAGGGCAAGGCAGACGGACUGUGCCCAUCAGAUCACGCUCCAUUUUUUCCUUGCCAGAGUACGGCCCGAGUGCAAGUGGCCGGAUUUGCAAAUGAAUGAUUAA